AUGAUCGAUUGCAGAAGUUUCUCCAUGGAAAUCCAGCGCGAAUCGAAAACUCCGAAGCUCAAGUCCUCCGGCGUCAUCCCUCCCAUCGACGUGUUAAAUCUGACACACAGUCGCCGCCGCAGUCCACUAUUCGACCCGUACGCAUCCGAUAGCUCCGGCUCCCCUUCCCCGCUGAUGAAAUACCUCUGCGCUGCCGAUCCUAAGUCCGAUUCCCCGCCGGCGUUCAUCACGCCAGUGAAGGUCGAGGAGGAUGUGAUCGUCAUGGACGGGAUUCCGGUAUCGAAGUCCAGCAAAGGCGGCGGCGAAUCGAGAAUGAGGUCGGCGCUGAUGUCAUCUAGCACCUACAACAGCGAUCUCUCAGGCGGGAGGUCGAACUCGACUCCAUCGCCGUCGUCAGGCGGCGGGAGCGAGAGCAUCAAACCGCACAAGAAUAGGAUAUGUCGCUUCUGGGAGACUUGCGGGUCGUGCCAAUUUGGAUCCGAAUGCCAGUUCGCGCACGGCAAGGAGGAGCUGCGGCGUCCCCCUCGCUCCUCCGGCAAGAUCAAACUCGAGAUUUUCAAAUCGAGCAACAAUUUAGAGGGAUCAACCCCACCAUCUUAUGGCAAAAACUGCUCUUCAAUCUGCCAAGCCAAACCAGCACCGUUAUCACCAGCAGAAGAAGCCUUUUCAUCUCCAUCAGUGCUACCAGCAAUGGCCCUCUCCCCAUCACCUGUUCAAGCCAAACAACAUUCUGAAAGUGCAUUGCCAAGCAGCAAGAUCCCGGUUACCAACCCGCCUCAAUCGGACUGGAGUCCUGUAGAUGAUGGGGUUGAGGUCACUUUGCCUUUUGCUGAGAAUCCCUCCAAAGAAGAUGUGAAUGCUUACAUAGAGAAAGUGCUUUCAGGUAAGAGUUCUAAAAAGAGACUGCCAGUGUUUGUGGAAAUUUGCCCUGAGUAA